AUGAUUUCCGUCUUAUUUGUGACAUUCUUUUUGAGUGUUAUUUCCACAGAGAGUUAUAUCAAAGGUGUUCCAGAGACUUUUGGCCCAUCUAUAGAAGACAAUUACUUAGUAGUUGUUUACUUCCAUCAUAACGACACGAAGCUUGCAAGUAUUCUGAACUCAUUCAAAGAGAAACUUUCCACUGAAAGCUUCAUCUUAAUGGAAGUCGACUGCACACAACAGAAAGUGAUUUGUGCGUCUGAGAAAGUCUAUUCUCCGCAAGUGAUAAUGUACAAGGACUUCAUCGCAAAGCGAUUCAACGGCUUCACAAGUGAAUUGGUGAAUGAAGUGCGAAACUCGGUGAAGGGCAUCGUCACCCUCCCCGACGAAGUUUUGAAGACAAAGAUCCUUCGGAAGGAUGUUCUUGUAGCUUUCUAUGGCCCUUCAUUACCUGACAAGAUCGUUUCCGUAUCGAAGAAUGUGUCUUCCAUCGACUUCUUCUAUGUCAACUCUCCAGCAAGUCGCCUUCUGAUCAGUAACGGGAACUUCCCUGUCAUCAAUUUGAACAUGGACGACUCCACAGAGAAGUUAUCUUCCCUCAUUCGCUCCAAAUCGAUUCGCGCUGUGUCGCGAUUGUCGUCGUCAGUAUUAGAAGACAAUCAGAAUGAACGAGAUAUCCUGGUCUAUGCCAAUGAAGUUAUAAGCCAAAGUGAUAUAGAGAUGCUGGAGAAGAUAGCGUUAAGGUAUCAGGACAUCAUUGUCUCGUAUCUCACAACAAAGGAUACCAAAGCGCUUGAGAUCAUUCCAUUCAAGACAUUUCCAAGUGUCACCAUUUUGUCGAUGAAAAGUAAAGAGGCGACUGUAUUCAGUCAAGCCAAUAGUCUAGAAGACGUCGAGAAGUAUGUCGAAAAGUACAAGAAGGGCGAAAUUGGGAUGUUCAGGAAGAACGAAAAUCCACUAAAUGAAAGUGCACAGAAGAUCUUACGCCGAAUUAACGCGGAGCAAUUUGACGAGUACAAAGUCACGUAUUUAGAUAGUGUAAUACUCUUGUGUGACACAACGAGCGAAGAGUGUUUGGAAGCUAUUAAAGACUUUGAAACAGCAGCAAAUAUGCUCUCUGCGGAGAAGUAUCUUGAUAUCGCGUUUGUCGAUGUGGCACAUAAUACUAUUGAAACGUGUAGUGAGGCUUACCCAGUUAUGGUGAUGUACACCGGAUUCGAUGGGAAGAGAAUUUGCUUUGAAGACCGAAGACCUAUUACCCCCCAAAGUGUCAUCAACUUGGUCAGAGAAAGAGGAAAGUUCCCAACUAAAAUCGGGUCGUUUGUCCCUGAGAAGGAAAUGAAGAGUGACGCCGUCGCUCUCAAUAAUAAGAAGAAGAACUUGGAGGAGAGAAAGAAGUUCGAGGCGUCUAAGGAGUUCGCAGAGAAAAUUAAAGUCUGGAAAGGCGUUUCAAACAUUAAAAGCGGGUUAAUGGACGCGAAGAAUGAAAUGAGAAAAGCUAGAGAUGUAUUCACUGAAGAUACUGCUUUUAACCAAGCACAUAAUCACCAAUCAAAGUCUUAA